AUGUGCUUUGUGGAAACAGGGAAACUGUAAAAAAAACUAUAACCUAUCUUAUUCAUCAGGACAUCAGGAGACCCGGUAGCGGCUGCUAUCAAGUUUAAAUUCAACUUGGAACUUUAUCGGUGGUCGUAUGAUAUAUCGUCGUACAUAUAUUAAUUAGCAAUCAAUUCUAAAUAAUGGAUCAAUUAAUGUACAACUUCUUUGAAGAUAGUGAUAGUGAUGACAGUGAUAUAGUAACACAAUUAUUUUUUUCUGACUCGAGCGAUGAUGAAGAAGAGUUAAUCUUAAGUAUAAAUGCGAUUCAAGAAAAAGAUAGAUCAGAUUUAAACCAAAUUCCCAAAGUUCAAAACUAUGUGGGAAAUGUAGUAAACAAUUUAAAUGCUGAAGACUUUAAAAAACACUUCCGAUUAUAUCCAGCAUCAUUUGAAAGAAUUCUAUUAUUAAUUGGUCCAAUACUGAAAGAAAAGAAUAGCGAGUUUGGAAACAAACCAACUCCAGCAAAAAAUCAACUACUAAUGUCAUUAUGGUUUAUGGCUACAACUGAAAGUUUUCGAUCAGUAAGUGACAGGUUUGGAGUCGGAAAAGCUUGCUUUCGAGCAUUAAGGAGAGUCAUAUCUGCUCUUUCCCAAAUUGCACAUCAAUUCAUUCAAUGGCCUACUGGACAAAAAGCUAUUGAAGUAAUGGAUGAUUUUUACAAAGUAAGUGGAUUACGGGGUGUUAUUGGAGCUAUCGACGGUACAUUAAUCGAAAUAAAUAAACCUAUUGAUAACGGUGAUGAUUAUAUAUGUCGUAAAGGGUAUCCUGCUAUUAACCUUCAGGCAGUUUGCACGCAAAAAUUAUUAUUUACAAGUGUACUAGUUGGUCAUGCGGGGAGUGUACACGAUGCACGAGUGCUGCGUAAUUCGCAAAUAAGUGAUUAUAUGGAGCAACCAAAUAUUUACUUCCCUAAUGAAAGUUAUCUUGUAGGAGAUGCUGCGUAUCCUAUUCAUUUAAAUUUGAUGGUACCCUUUAAAAAUAAUGGCUAUCUUACUCAAAACCAAAAUAAUUUUAAUUGGUGUCUACAUGCAGCUCGUACAGCAAUUGAAAGAGCAUUUGGUGUAUUAAAAACAAGAUGGAGAAGACUCCUUGAUAGAUUAUCACUUGUAGAUUUAGAAAAAAUUCCUGAAUAUAUACUAGCUACAUUUGUUCUGCACAAUAUUUGUAUUUUAAAUAAUGAUUUAAUGGAUAUUGACGAAAAUAUAGUUGAAAAUCAAUAUCAUAAUGCAUUUGAAUGCAUGCAAAAUGCAAAUGUUGAUGCUGCUAAAGACUAA